AUGGCAGGCUAUCCUAAAGUAGCGCAUUUGAUGGCAACUCAAGAGGAGUUCGCCAUUUUACGACGCUUUCGAGUUCUUAACAUGCAAAAGCUUCUCUACCUUCAGGCUGAAAUCUCGCAUCUCGAAGCGGAAUUAAAUCAGUUAGCAACGCGGGAUGAAACCCAUGCGGACAGGCAGUAUCAUGCCAAAGAUUGGUGGUCGUUAAGUCAUGGCGAAGGCGAAAAUGACUCGGAACAGUGGCUCAAAUUUCUUGAACUGAGCAAAAAACUAGACUUCUAUAAUGAUGCGGUCCUCAAACAUGCAGCUCUAGCCAGACUUGAGCAACCGAGAAAAUACGACCUUGACUUCCUGAGAAGCUGGUUUCGACGACCCGGAAUGGGAUCAUUUCCCCUUCUCGGAAUUGAUCGAGAAUCGUGGGAUCCCAAGAACGAGGAUGAUUUAAUAGCCAUCAGGCCUCGCGCUGCCCCGGAUAUUUUUUCGAAGUGGUUGACUGAAGGAAUUGUCCCAUUUUACCAUCGAAUCAUCGGGAAAAGAUUCAAAGAACAACUACCCGAUACCAUUGGUACUGGUAUAUACCAUUACAAAGAGUCGAGCCUUGAAUUGCGCCUGGGUAUCAUGGCCACGGUCGUCGCUUCCGUCCUUCCAAUAUGCUCAGUCGUGGUUCUGUAUUUUAUAAAAUCCAACAAUCUCCGUCUUGGACUGUUGGCUGUAUUUUCUGCUAUCUUCUCUCUGGCACUUGCAUUGAUGACGAACGCAAGGAGGAUUGAAGUUUUCGCGGCGACCGCAGCGUUUGCUGCUGUUAAUGUUGUGUUUUUGUCGAAUGAUUCUGCUUGCUCUCCUGCUCCAAUCGCAAUUGGAGCUGGUUUGAACGACGCGGCGCCUUAA